AAAGAAGCGAACAAACAAAAAUUCGACAUGAAGCGGCGGGGCAGGUGAUAUGUUGAAGCACACUGCACCUACACUUGCAGGCGCGACAGCGUCAACGCCGACCGCCACCGUAUCGCAGCGGCCCCUGCGACCGCUGGCGAUAUCUGCUGCCGCAAUCAGCGCGGCAUCUGCUUCCGCGUCCGCGUCAAGUACGGCGCCCGCAGUACCUGUUUCCUCGUCCGCAGCAGUCACAGGAAGCGGAAGUUCCUUAUCGGCCAACGGAACAGUCGAACGAUUGGUCAAUUCCUCGACCACCAGUAGAGGAAAUGGGAAUGAAUCGAAUUCCCAAAGAAAUGCAGCGGACAAUGAGAGAUCUGCCGCGAGGGAGUUGCAGCAAACGCCGAAGUUAGCGAACGGAAACUUGCCCAGAGGACUGAGUGUGUCGUCGGUGUUGUCGACGUCGCAUCAUCAGAGAGAGGUAGUGAUAAUUUGA